AUGGUCUGGUGUAAUCAACAAAACGCCCGUCCUGAUGUGCCCGAGGCACACCCUGUAGAAGUCCCGGAUUAUGCCAAAGUUACAGCCGAUGUCGAUGAUGAAGAUAGAUCUGUUAGCGAAAAUUUACCAAGAAUUAUAGGAGAAAAAGAAAUAUGUCCGCCUAAAAUCAUACCGGUUUCGGACCAUACAAUAGGUGCAAUCAUAAAGAGUAGAAAGCAUAACCUAGACAAGCAGUGCUACAACAGGAUUGACAUUGGAAGAUCAGAUGAAGACAAUUUCAAGGCACAUAUGCAAUUUGUCCCAGAGGAAAGGAUGGUAUAUUGUGGAAUUGAGAAAGUGGGGUCGAUAUUUUGGCGACGUAUUAUUCAGUUACUCCAUACACAUGAACUUCAAAGUCCGUACUCAAUUAAACCUCGGGAUUGUAUGCAAAACUAUAAAUCUUUGCAAUCUCAGAAGCUUGACAAUUAUGAUGAUAUUUUAAAAGAAAAUUCUAAAUUUUUAUUCGUUCGAGACCCUUACUCAAGAUUAUUAUCCGGAUAUUUGGACAAGAUUUUUUCUCCUAACCCAUAUUAUUGGAAUUUAAUUGGGUCAAAAGCUGUGGAGUUUACACGAAAACAGAAAAAAACACUGUGGACACGAUGUUACGUUUCCGGAAAUGGUGGAAUAUUUCAUACACACCGAAGAACAAAAUACCCCCAUUGUCCGCCAUGUUUUGUUAAGUAUGAUUACAUUGGUAAAAUGGAGACAUUUGCAGAUGAUGUUCAUUUCAUUUUGAAAGAAUUCAAUCUUGAAAAUUAUACGUUUGUUUUAAAAGAUUUUAAAACGGACUCUAUUUUAGAUUCGAUAACUGACACCGUUGAAACUUUUCGAGACGUCCGCAGUACGUUUACUAAGUGUUUAAGUAUAUACGGAGGAUUGCAAAGGAUAUGGAGAAAACUACAAAUACGUGGAAUUAUUUCAGAACAAAUUAAAUUUCCGUUUAAUACAAAAAAUGGA